GACAAGGAUCAGGAAAAUAAGGAAAAAGGCAAAAUGUACGGCGACAAAAAACGAAACGCUGUAAAUAGUUCGUUACAACUGGGAGAUAAAGUGCUUCUGAAACAGAAAAAGGAAAAUAAACUUUCCACAACAUUCCAUCCGAAACCUAUGAUGUUAUUAAAGAAAAACGGAAAUAGUGUUAUAGUGCAAUCGGAUGAAGGUGUUCAAUAUAAGAGGAAUAUAACACAAGUAAAAAAAUUUGAGACCCAAGUUUUUUAA